AUGCCAGAUGCCAUACCAAGUGCAGAUCAGAUUCGUAUAACAACAUCUUUGAAAAGCCAAAGAGGAUCAGUGUGGACAAAAAACAAGUCAAUAUUUGAAUAUUGGGAAGUCGAAGUGACCUUUCGAGUUACAGGAAGAGGCCGCAUUGGAGCUGAUGGAUUGGCAAUCUGGUUUACAGAAGAGCAAGGCUUGGAAGGUCCUGUUUUUGGGGCAGCUGAUAAAUGGAAUGGUGUUGGAAUUUUCUUCGAUUCCUUUGACAAUGAUGGAAAGAAAAACAAUCCUGGAGUGAUUGUUGUAGGCAACAAUGGAAAACUUCUGUAUGACCAUCAGAAUGAUGGUUCCACGCAAGCAUUGGCAUCCUGUCAGAGGGACUUUCGUAACAAGCCCUAUCCUGUUCGAGUAAAGAUAACAUACUACCAAAAAACAUUGACUGUAUUAAUUAACAAUGGCUUCACUCCAGAUAAAGAAGACUAUGAAUUUUGUGCAAAAGUGGAAGAUAUGGUGUUGCCAUCACAAGGAUAUUUUGCAGUAUCUGCAGCAACAGGGGGACUUGCAGAUGAUCAUGAUGUCCUGUCUUUUCUGACCUUCCAGUUGACUGAGCCUGGAAAGGAAACAGUAACACCAGAUGCAGAAAUUCCUCAAAAAGAUAAAGAGAAGUAUCAAGAAGAGUUUGAACACUUUCAGCAAGAAUUGGAUAAAAAGAAAGAAGAAUUUCAAAAGGAACAUCCUGAUGUGCAAGGACAGCCAGCGGAUGAUCUUUUUGAAACUGUAAGUGAUCGUGAACUGAGGCAAAUCUUUGAGGGGCAGAAUCGAAUUCAUCUUGAAAUCAAACAGCUUAAUAGGCAAUUGGACAUGAUUCUGGAUGAGCAGAGGAGAUACGUCUCUGCAGUCACAGAUGAGAUUGCUAAAAGAGGCACUGGUUUUCCAGGUCAACAAGGACAGGUUUCCCAGCAAGAGAUUGAGACAGUUGUGAAAACUCAAGAAGAGGUCAUUAGACAAGUAAAUGAAAUAAGAAAUUCCAUGGCUGAUACUCUGAGGUUGAUCAGUGGAGCUCAACAUCCUGGCUCUGCUGCAGGAGUCUACGAAACAACUCAGCACUUCAAUGACAUCAAAGAACACCUUCAUGUAGUAAAGAGGGACAUUGAGCAUUUAGUACAACGAAAUAUGCCAUCUAGUGAGAAAUUGAAGUGUCCAGACUUGCCACCGUUUCCAUCGUGCUUAUCUACAAUGCACUUCUUCAUCUUUGUAGCGGCGCAGACGGUGUUAUUCAUUGGUUAUAUCAUGUAUAGGAGUCAACAAGAAGCAGCAGCCAAAAAGUUCUUUUGAUGACCUGUUCCUGUUGUGUGUACAUAACAGCAUCGUCUCUGCUUGGAACUUCCAUAAUUGCCUCGUCACUCACUGGAUCAAAGGAAAGCUCCCAAUUGCCCAGCUCAAAUUUUGUCCUGUCUGUUCUUGAAGUGAUAGCAACAAAUUUGGACUUUAAGAAUAUUUGUCAGUCAAUGUAGCUUCCUGUUAUGGCUGGCUACUAGAAGUUUCUUUCAACACUGAUAGUGUGUUUGAUUCUUAUCAAGUAAGAUUUCAGGACUAGGAGAAGAAGACACCUUGGAAUCCAGUUUGACAAUAUGGGGGAGACCAAGUCUAAUAAUUGUAUUUGAAGUGUGGAGGAUAAGUAGCAAAUAUUUGGCAGUGACAAGAGAAUCUCAUUGUGCAGGUGAGGGUAUGUUAAAUACAUGGUCACACCUGACUUUUUCAAAAGUAAAAUUCACAGUAUGGUGUGUAAAUUACCUAUCUUUCUGUUUGAAGAAAAUUUGACAUUUAUCAAUGCAUCAAUUACUGUAACACCGAAGACUGUCUACUGUUUUUUUUUUUAAAUUCAAACAGCUGACAUUUUCAUAUGUUUGUUUCUGUCUAAUGUAAAUUGACACUUGGAGUUCAGAGAUAACCUUAUUUGAAUAAAGAUGCAUAUUUUUAGUAAGCUUUUUUCUUUUAAUUUGGUACAUGUCAGUGAAAUCCAAGCAAGUGUAUUUGAAGCAUUCUUUACCCUCUGUUGUUCAGAGAGUUUGAACGCUUUGAGAUCUGUGUUCAGUCCUACCUGAUACUGAAGAGUUAACGGCGUUCAGAGGCUGAGGCUCCGCCUGGAUUGAAGAGGCAGAUGACUGCCAUUGGUUAGAAAGAUACCUGAAUCCAGCCUCAGUUCAUUCUGUGCCAAGGGAUUAUAUCCUCUGUGUUGCAGUCUAAUGCAAGAGUGACUGUAACCUAAAAGUAAGAGAUUCGCUCAAAAGCUUGUGUUAAGAGUAUCAGACUUGCCUUGAGUAUCAGACACUUAGAGUCAAAUGUAAAGUAGUGUGUCAACUUCUAGGUCUCUUAACAGCAAAUCGAGUUGCUUGCUGGCUGCUUUGAGUAUACAAAGUACCUCAUUUUUCUGAGCUGAAGAUUUGUCUAUAGCUCUGAAGUUCUUUCUCCAGAUUCCCCAAACUGCGGUCACCUGGGUGCUCUGUGCCUGUUUGUUGGAAUACAACAUGCCUACCCAAAACAAGUCAG